AAUGGUUCCGCCUACCCUCAUAUUUUUACAUUCUUUGCCCUUCUCUUUCAUCGUUUCUCCUCGCUUCUCUCUCAUCGUUUCUCCUCCCUCACACCCUCAUUACUCUCGUAGCGUCCGUAGCUCUGGAAUGGGAACACCGUUGGAGGCUCCGGCAGCGGGGAUCCAGUGAUGGUUACCGAAGGCGUCAGGGCGGCGACGGCGGCAGUGAACGGGGGAUCGCCGUCGCCCAUUGAUGAAGAGGCGAUAUGGCAAAUGAAUUUAAAGGGGAUGGAGGCCGGACCUUAUCCUGACCAUCCGGCCAAUAGGGACCUGGUGGUCAUCAAGGAGGAGGAAAAUAGGAGGGAACUUCUAAUGUUGAAGAAAGUUGAAUUGUUAAGAAUGCCCUUGGAUGAGAUCAGUCCUUCAAAAUUUGAAGCUGAUGUUGGGGAAGGUCAAAGGCGCAAACCGUAUCAUCACAUUUAUCUUCCUGGUGGUGGGUUUUCAUUGCAUGAGCUAUCAAAAGAGAUGUUGUUAAACAGAGAAAAUGAUAUUCUGUAUAAUGUCUGUGGAUUUGGUGAAGACCUGCAGUUUUGUGAUCUUUGUCCAAGGUCAUUCCACUUAGCUUGUCUUUGUGCUUAUAUGCUGAUAUGGAAAUUCAAUUUUUCGCCCUUCAUGGUUCUAAUCAUUGCCAUCUUCUACAAUGGUACUACUAUGACAUUACAAAAGAAGCGAGUGAAGCCAACGCCAAUGCCCGACAGUUGGAGGCUGAAGGAGAUUUUUGCUACUGGUUUUGUGUCUGGCAGCUGAUUUCUCCUCUGCAUGAUAAAUUCGGUGCGCGAUCAAUUAGGCAUGGUGUGGAUGAAUGAUGGCUGCUUUGUUGAACCUAGUUGCAAAUUUGACCAUCCUGUUGGAACUUUCACAUACAGCCUUUCAACAUCACAGCAGUGCAGCAAUUAAGGAAUCCUUCAGAUAGCAGUGAGGUGUAAUCCUGAAGGCUUUCUGUAUCAGAACCUCGGCAAAUGACCUCUUGUAGUGAAAAUAUUUAAGGAGAGAGAUCAAAUAUUGAAGCAUCAGUCAAGUUACCUUCCAAAUUCAUGAUGUUCCGACUCUUUGAUCAGGAGGCCCUCUUACAUAACAGAAAAAUGCAGGAUCUCCCAAGUUCCACAUGAUUCAUCUUGUUACUGUGCAUUCUGCUUCAUUUUAAAGGGUGAAAGAUGAAAGGGUAAUUGCGGAUUUAACCCAUGUACUGUUAUCCCAUUGUGGAUAGGCCCCAUAUAGUUCUAUUGGUUCGGAUGCACUCCAUGUACUAUCGCCCACUUGUAGAUAGAGCUCCUGAGUGUUUUCUUUUUCAUUUUUUUUGGCUCUAAAUGUCUCUCUUUAUUCUUUAUUUUUAAUCCCUAAUGUAAUUCAUUCUUCAAAAAUUGUGAAUUUACAUGUUGUUUCUUUUAUCAAUAAAAUUGUAUUAGACUGAAAGA